UCUCUCUCUGUUCCAAAAAAAAAGUUUGAGAAAUUUGAGAGCACUAACAUUUCUUUUCUCCUUUUUCAUUCUCUUUACAGACUCUGAUUAUUGCUUCUUUUAGGAAUUUCCAUUACUUACCGCCUCUGCCAUUUGAAUCUCCUCCUCCCCUUCUUCUAUUGCCCUGUUUUUUCCCCUGUUUCCCAUUUCAAAGAGUUUGGUGGCAAUGCAUGAUCAAGAUUCCUGUUCCAUCCCUGGUGAAGUUGCAGGGAAAUCCAUGCCGGAAUUUACCUCGGCUUCUCUUGAUCUAGGUAUCUCUGCUGGUUCUCCCGAUAUUCCAGUCAAUAACUACUGUGAUUCACCAGAAAUCUUGGAUAUUAAGUGUUGUAAACUUAUGGAAUCUCCCGUAGAGCUUUCCUUCGAAAAUAGCUUUACGGGUGUUGAGGUUAGCCAUAACCAGAUAACCCCAUCUGUUAGAUUUUCCAAUUUGUGUGAAACAUAUGAGCAAGAACUAUCUCCAGAAUCUUCCUUUGAGUUGGCUCCUUCUCCAGCUACCAGUUCUCUGAAAUCUGAAGAACUCCUUCAAGCUAUAAGUGUCAAUGCAGGUGCUCCAAGUGAUGCUGUGGAUAUGGAUGGGAUAAACUAUGUGGAAGACAAUUGGUAUAAGGGUGGUGAUACCAUUAGGUCUGAUGAAAUUGAGCAUCCUCUGUAUCAAACCGCUCGUUUUGGGGAUUUUUGUUACAAUUUCUCAUCAUUAGAACCUGGGAAUUAUGUUGUUGACCUGCAUUUUGCUGAAAUUGUAUUUACCAAUGGCCCACCUGGUAUGAGGGUGUUUGAUGUCUAUUUGCAAGACCAGAAUGUUGUUUCUGGCCUGGAUAUAUAUGCUCGUGUCGGUGGGAACAAGCCUCUCAUUAUAUCUGACCUCAAAACUUCUGUCGAUGUAAAAGAUUUAAGCAUUAGAUUUGAAGGACAGAUGGGUAGGCCAAUUGUUUGUGGUAUUUCUGUGAGGAAAGAUCUCCCUUCAAAUAGAAAAGAGGUUGAAUUGCUCGAAGAUAUGGGAUCAUCUCAACUAUCCAACGGGGAGAUGUCCAAAGAUAGUGAUGACUUGAUAGUAAAAGAGAAGUACCUAGUGCUGCAAAAGGAUCUUGAGCUCAUGAAGAAUGAGCUAGCAGCAGCAAGGAAGAACAUGGAGGAACUUAGAAAGGAAAACAAUCAAAAGAGUAGAGAAUGUCAAGAAGCUUGGAAGUCUUUAAAUGAGCUGCAAAACGAGCUCAUGCGCAAGUCAAUGCAUGUUGGAUCUCUUGCUUUUGCCAUUGAGGGACAGGUGAAAGAGAAGGGCAAAUGGUUUUCUUCGUUGAGAGACCUUACCAGAAAAGUAAAGAUCAUGAAAAUAGAAAACAUCAAAUUAUCAGAGGAGGCAUUGGCAUUCAAGAACUGCUUUGUGGAUAUGAAUGAAAUGACUUCUAAAAUUCAGACAGCAUUUAAACAGCAAUUAGAUUUGCAAGAAACCCUGAAGACUAAAUUUGUUGAAGGAGCUAAGGAACGGAAAGAACUCUACAAUAAGAUGUUGGAGUUGAAAGGAAACAUUAGGGUCUUUUGUAGGUGUAGGCCUUUAAAUACAGAAGAGAUUGGUUCUGGAGCUUCAAUGGUUGUUGAUUUUGAGUCGGCCAAAGAUGGCGAGUUGAUUGUUAAGUCAAAUGGGGCUCCCAGAAGAAUCUUUAAGUUUGAUUCUGUAUUUGGUCCUCAGGCAAAUCAAGGAGAUGUGUUUGAAGAUACUGCGCCAUUUGCGGCUUCAGUUCUAGAUGGUUACAAUGUUUGUAUAUUUGCAUAUGGCCAAACCGGGACUGGAAAAACUUUUACAAUGGAGGGCACUGAGGGAGCUCGUGGAGUCAAUUAUAGGAUUCUUGAGGAGCUGUUUCGCUUAACGAAGGAGCGCCAGAAGCUACAUCGAUACAAAGUAUCUGUUAGUGUCUUGGAAGUGUAUAAUGAGCAAAUACGGGACUUGCUAGUCUCAGCAUCUCAGUCAGGAAAUGGUUCAAAAAGGCUCGAAGUAAGACAAAUCAGUGAAGGAAUACAUCAUGUUCCUGGCAUGGUAGAGGCACCUGUCGACAACAUGAGUGAAGUUUGGGAAGUUUUACAAACUGGCAGCAAUGCAAGAGCUGUUGGUUCAACCAAUUGUAAUGAGCACAGCAGCCGAUCCCACUGCAUACACUGUGUGAUGGUGAAGGGGGAGAAUUUGCUAAAUGGGGAAUGCACAAGUAGCAAACUCUGGUUGGUGGACUUGGCAGGUAGCGAACGGAUUGCUAAAGUAGAAGUACAGGGAGAACGACUCAAGGAAACACAAAAUAUUAAUAGAUCUCUUUCUGCACUUGGUGAUGUUAUAUCCGCUCUCGCCACAAAAAGCCCUCAUGUUCCUUUUAGAAACUCCAAGCUCACUCAUUUGCUUCAAGAUUCACUAGGGGGAGAUUCAAAGACACUCAUGUUUGUACAGAUCAGUCCCAAUGAAAAUGACUUGAAUGAGACUCUUUGCUCAUUAAACUUUGCGAGCAGAGUAAGAGGAAUUGAGUUGGGUCCUGCUAAGAGACAACUUGAUAUGUCUGAAUUCCACAAAUGCAAACAGAUGGCUGAGAAAACAAAGCUGGAUAUGAAGAGUAAAGAUCUGCAGAUCAGAAAGAUGGAAGAAACAAUGCAUGGAUUAGACUUGAAGAUGAAGGAAAAAGAUCAGAAAAACAAAAAUCUACAGGAUAAGGUCAAAGAACUUGAAGCUCAACUUCUUGUUGAAAGAAAGCUAGCACGUCAACAUGUUGAUGCCAUAGUAACAGAGCAGAUACAGCAGCAGCAGCAGCAUAUGAAAACUGAAUCAGAAGACCACAAGUCUGCACCGGCGAGGCCACAACUUGCUGCGAGUCGACCAUUAGGUAGUCAAAAAAUUCUCCAUGGAUCAUCAUAUAACAGCAUACUAGGAAAGAAGCAAAUAAAUCUCACUCGCCCACUAACUGAGAACAACGGCUCCAAACCGUCAUUUCCCUUUCCUUCAGUGGAUAGUGCCAUCAAGUACCCUGAUUCCACAGAGAAGGAAAACAACCCAGAGAUGGCUGAGCAAUCUCUUGUGCCAACAAGGAGGACAGGAAGAGCCUCUAUUUGCCCAAUGGCAGCUCGACGUGUACCGAUGGCCCUCGCUCCUAGGAGAAUCUCCCUAACUCCUCUACCAAGCAUACCGAGCUCAACUCAUCUCCCAUCACCAAUGCUGCCAUUGCCACCAUCAUAUCAAGUUGAGAAGAUAGAGAAAGGCGAUGGAUCAGAGGACAGUAACUUGGCUGAACAGGCGGCGGCACAAUGCGAGAGUCCUAAAGAGAGAAAGUAUGGAGGUAAGAAGUUGAGCAACAUGUUGAGACGAAGCCUUCAAAAGAAGAAGGUACAACAAAUGAAGUCUCCAGUGCAGCAACAGGUGAGAAGAGGUGGUAUCAAUCUGGGGUUGGAGAAAGUGAGGGUGUCGAUCGGAAGUCGGGGACGGAUGGCAGCGGCGCACAGGGUGUUGUUGUUAGGAGGAGGAGGCAAUGGGAGAAGAGGAGUUGCAAAAGAAACUCAAAGUAAGAAGGAAAAGGAGAGGGGUUGGAAUAUUGGAACAGCAGUAGGGAGAACUGUUAUUUAAUGAGGAAAAACAAUGGCUUUUCGUUGUUUGUUUUGCAUUUUAGAGUUGUAGAGAUCAUUGAGUUCUUCUCAUAUACUAUACCCUCUGUAUGUGUGUGUGCAUAUGAUUCAUCAUUCCCUUUGAUUUUCUCAUGUAUUUCAUCAGAAAAAAGGAAGGAAUUCUUAUCUGUUGUUUAUCAUUAGUACAUG